AUGAGUCCCGGUAUUAUCAAUCAAAAGCACAUGCAAACUACUUCAGCAGAUAAUGCAGCUCUACAUCCGGUCAUUUUGGAGGAAAUUUUACAAACCUACAAAGCCAGUGUGAAACGAAUGCUGCGCAUUGAGGCAAAAGGUCCGGAAUCCCAUACAAGGGAAUACGAUAAAUAUCAGUUCCUCGUGAGCCGCCAAGCGGAACGUGAUAUUGAAGAAAUGUUGAACCCAAAACAGCCGGAUGCUGUUCCCGAGAAACCGAAACGCAAUUCGUCAGACGGUGGUUCCGAGACGGAGCCAAACGAAGAGGAAGAAGAGGACGAUUCCGGAUCACCGAAACAGAAAGUUGUUCCAGCUGUGGAAGGUCCAAGUUUUGAGGAUUUGGCUCGUGAGUUGACUAAAUAUACCCGGUUGGCCAAACGAAUUCAGUAUGAAUCCCGACGUACGAUCAAGCUGGGGUUAUUUGAAAUUCAUUGUGAUGAUCUGAUUCGGGCUUUGGUCAAACGUGCCGAGGGUAUUUGCGAUCGACUUUUGGACCGGAUACUGGAAGAUCAUCGGACCACGAAUAGAGCGUUGAUCAAAGAGUACGAAUUAAUCGCAUCAAAGGCACUGACUGUUCCGACCGAUAUCGCGCACAUGAUGCAACUGACCGAGUUCGUAAACCAGACAGAGAAAGUGACCAUGCAUGAAUUGGAGCGUAAACUGGAUCGAUCCAAAGAUCGUCUACUAUUUCUAAUGGAUCACGCUCAACUGAAUCCGUCCGAUAUGCGUAUCAAUAGUCAAGUGUUUGAAUGGCACAUGCGUAUGACCGAUGUGUUCGAGGAAAACCGGCGUACGGCGGUCGUGAAACGAGAAGAGUUUGAGAUUGGUCUGCGCUACCGUAGAGAACGAUUCCUUGAAGAGUUAGAGUCCUAUCGCAGACAAGUGGAAGAAUUCCAGGGUCUGGGUGAUUUGAAUGAGAUCAAUAGAUAUCUGAAAAAAGCCCAAGCACUGGAUAACAAAUUGGAAUUGGCAGUGGCUAAAAUUGAACAGUUCAACUCGGAAGAAGAGGCACUUAAAUGGGAUACAACCACAUAUCCCAUACGUGGUGAAGUUCAAAACACUUUACGUCCAUUUCUCAAACUGUACGAGACCACAGUCGAAUUCAACAACAAAUAUCGUGAAUGGAUGGAUGGUCCUAUGGAUAAAGUGGAUCCAGAACAAGUGGAUGCGGAAGUUUCCAAUCAAUACCGUACUUUGUACAAACUGGAAAAAUCAUUCGAUUCACUUCCGGCUCCGCGGAAGAUUGCAGCCAAGGUACGAGGUAAAGUGGAAGAGUUCAAAGAACACCUGCCUCUGAUUCGAACCCUGUUCAAUCCAGGUCUGCGUGAACGGCACUGGGUACAAAUUUCCGAUGUGGUUGGUUACACACUUCGCAAUGAGGAGGGCAUGUGUUUGGCCAAACUGGUGGAUAUGAAUCUCGAACCUCAUAUUCCCAAAUUUGAUAUGAUCUCUGAGGCGGCUACCAAGGAACACAGUUUGGAGAAGGCCUUGGACAAAAUGCGAAAAGAAUGGGCACCGGUGGAGUUCAAUCUUAUUCCGUACCGAGACAGUGGAACACUCAUUCUUUCCUCUGUGGAUGAUAUUCAGGUCAUGCUGGAUGAUCACAUUGUCAAGACACAGACAAUGCGUGGUUCACCGUUUAUCAAACCAUUUGAAACGGAGAUACGUGACUGGGAACAGAAACUCAUUCUCACUCAAGAUAUCUUGGACGAAUGGAUGAAAGUGCAGGCUACAUGGCUCUACCUGGAACCGAUUUUCAGCUCUCCAGAUAUUAUGGCCCAGAUGCCGGAUGAGAGCAGAAAAUUCACCACGGUGGAUAAAACGUGGAAAGAAUUGAUGAAAAGUGCGAAUGUGGAUCGUAAAGUCAUGACUGUAAUUCAGAUCGACAAAAUGCUGGACAAAUUUCGCAAAUCAAACGAUUUACUGGAGGCAAUCCUGAAGGGAUUGAAUGCAUAUUUGGAAAAGAAACGUCUCUAUUUCCCUCGUUUCUUCUUCUUAUCGAACGACGAAUUGUUGGAAAUUUUGUCGGAAACGAAAGAUCCGACCCGUGUGCAACCACAUUUGAAAAAAUGUUUCGAAGGUAUCGCAUCACUCACAUUUACCAAAAAUUUGGACAUUACUCACAUGAAGAGUAGUGAGAACGAGGUGGUAGAACUGAAAGAAGUGAUUUCAACCUCUAAAGCGCGUGGAGCUGUGGAGAAGUGGUUGCUUGAGUUGGAAGAUAACAUGAUCACUUCGGUUCAUUUGACCAUCAGUAAUGCACUGGAAGACUAUUUGCAAUCCCCUCGUCGGGAAUGGGUGAAAACGUGGUGCGGUCAAGCAGUUUUGGCCGGUUCCAUGUUCUUCUGGACCUUGGAAACCGAGAAAGCGAUCUCGGCCGGGCCUUCUGCAAUGGGUGACUAUCUCAGAUUGAAUAAUCAACAAAUUGAGGAGAUUGUGGCCAUGGUGCGUGGAAAAUUGUCCAAACAGAAUCGGACCACAUUGCAAGCUCUGAUCGUCUUGGAUGUGCACGCACGGGACGUUUUGGCCGAAUUGAUUUCGGUCAAAUGUAGCUCAAAAACGGAGUUCUCUUGGCUAUCGCAACUUCGUUACUACUGGGAAGAGAAACAGUUGGGUUUGGCUUCUUGUGGUGCUUGGUCCUGUUUCGACGAGUUUAACCGCAUAGAUCUGGAAGUGCUGUCUGUCGUGGCUCAACAAAUUCUCACCAUUCAACGUGCAAUUAAUGCGAAACAAGUUCGUCUUGUAUUUGAGGGCACAGAUAUCAAAUUGGAUCCAACCUGUGCUGUGUUUAUCACUAUGAAUCCGGGUUACGCAGGACGAUCGGAAUUGCCGGAUAAUUUAAAGGUAAACCAAAGUAUAAUUACUGUUCUCUAUGCUCUCACGCUUCACUGGAUAAAACUCAUACAACUUGAAUCGAAUCGAAGGACUGGGAUUUUAUUCAAAUGGGCAACUAAAAGACAGUACUGGAAACCGGUGCAUGAAAGUGCAUGGCUGUACGAAUUAAAGUGGUUUUACCCGACGGGGACAGUGGUGAAUCGAACGAGCGCCUGA